GCAACAGGUGCUCGUUUGAUUUGAUUAGAAGUUACUUUGAUCGAGCUGCUUUUUGAAUUGGACUUUUUGGACAAACCCCAAUUGCGCCACAACGAUUUUAGCAUAUUUGUCCAUUGUCCUUGUGACCAAUCGGUUUUGGUUCAACGGAAGCCUCGGCUAUUUCCAUGGCAUCCCAGUUUGCGCAGAGCGUGCUGACCCUGAACUCCGAGGCUGUUGGGUCGCUGAAAGACGGCAUCAACUUCAAGAAGAGCCCUGUGGAUGGGAAGUGCUACAUCAUCUACAAGAGCAGCGAGGGUCAGCUGCGAGCAUGCAGGAACCAGUGCAAGCACCAAGGAGGCGUCUUCAUCAAGGACAUCGAGGACAUGGACGGCAGGACGGUCCGCUGUACUAAGCAUAACUGGAAACUCAACAUGGAGACCAUGCAGUACGUCAACCCCCCUGACAGCUUCAUGCAGGACGAACUCGAGGUUGUGUGGGCAGACGACCCUGAUGGUGGUCUGGACCUUGUGGAGCUGAAUCCUCCUGACCCAUGGCUCACAGACCCCAUGGACGCCCAGGAGCUGCAGCCCGGUGAAGUGACCUUGACGUAUCUCACUCAUGCGUGCAUGGAGCUGAAGUUGGGUGAGCGGAAGAUGAUGUUUGACCCCUGGCUGACGGGCCCAGCGUUUGCUCGUGGCUGGUGGCUGCUGCAUGAGCCUCCGCCCGACUCCCUGGACAGGCUCUGCAACGCUGACCUCAUCUACAUCAGCCACAUGCACUCAGACCACCUCAGUUACCCGACACUAAAGACUCUAUCUGAAAAGCGACCUGACCUACCCAUAUACGUGGGAGACACUUCUCGACCAGUGUUCUGGUAUCUGAAAAACAGUGGACUGAACCUUACCAACAUCAAUGUGGUUCCUUUUGGUGUCUGGCAAAAUGUAGACAAGCACCUCAGAUUCAUGAUUCUAAUGGAUGGUGUCCAUCCUGAAAUGGACACUUGUAUGAUUGUUGAAUAUAAAGGUCACAUGAUCUUGAACACGGUGGACUGCACGCGGCCCAAUGGGGGUCGCCUGCCGCAUGGAGUGGACCUGAUGAUGAGCGACUUUGCUGGAGGAGCCUCUGGGUUUCCCAUGACCUUCCAUGGAGGGAAGUACACUGAGAGCUGGAAGGCGGACUUCAUCCGGACAGAGAGGAGGAAGCUGCUCCAUUAUAAGGCCCAGCUGGUGAAGUCACUGCAGCCCAAGAUCUACUGCCCAUUUGCAGGCUACUUCACAGAGGCACAUCCCUCUGACAAAUACAUUAAGGAGACCAACAUAAAAAAUAGCCCAGAGGAUCUCAACGCUCAGAUCAGGAAGAGCAGUCCUGACAUCCUCACCUGGACUCCCAAACCUGGGGCUGUGCUGGAUCUGGGUGAAGCACUGAAACACCCCUCCACUGGGAGUGCCAUAACAGACCCACCAGCUGGAACAAAGGUGUUUAAGGACAGCUGGGAGUUGGACUUGUAUGUGAGAGAGCUCAACGCUGCUAUUGGUGAUGACAUUUUUAAGCACAGAAGCUGGAUCCCAUUUUACUACAACUGGGCAGGCUUUAAAGACUACAACCUUGUCAUUCGGGUGAUUGAAACGGAUGACGAUUUUAACCCUGUGCCUGGGGGCUAUGACUACUUGGUGGACUUUCUGGAUUUGUCCUUCCCCUCCAGGCGCCCAAACAGGGAGCACUCUUACCUAGAGAUGAAGAACAGGGUGGGAGUGAUGAGGCACGUGGUGAAAACCGGUCUGUUGUGGGACGAUCUGUACAUCGGUUUCCAGAACCGACUCAGCAGAGAUCCUGAUGUUUAUCACCACAGAUUUUGGAACCACUUCCAGGCAUGCCUGCCAACCUCCAGUCCUGAUUGGGCAUCCUUCCUUCAGCAGACGCUGGAUGCAAAUGAUCCUGAGGGUUCCACGUGUGUGAUGUCAUGAUGACCUCGGGGACUGCUUCCUGACAGCUUCCUUAGAAUUCCAAUCUAAUAUGCUGACACUAAAGAUUGUAUAUUUCUAUUUCAUUCUAACAGGGGAGCUACACCAGAUGCGUAACUGAAGCGCUCCAUUCCCAAUUUGAUGCGACAAUGGCGCGUAGGUUCGGAAAAAAGAUAGACCAGUCUUCUAAAAUGAAUUUUACGCGUUGCGAACGGAAUGCUUCAGUUACGCGCCUGGUGUAAUGUAGCUCCCCUGUAAUAGGCUCAGCCACUAAACAUUGUAUUGCAUUAUUCUAUUCCAUUCUAAUGACACAAAUCUAAUAUAUCCUUGACAGUGCCUAUUUUUAUGUAUUCUCAUUCUUAAUGUUUUAAACUAAUUUAUAUGAUUACAGGCAAUGCACAUAAACUAAAGCUGAUUGAAUUACAAGCAAAAUCUAUUGAAUCAAUCCUAGCAUACUUAAGAACCAAAAUCUUAUAGGGACUCCUAUGGAGCUUUGGUUCCAAAAUAUGAUAGGAGUCUAAUAGGAUUAUUUCUAUUGAAAAUAUACAUAGGUUAAUUGCAAAAAGACUCCAAUAGGAUUUUGGUUCCAUCCACAACAUUGCUAGUGUGCAUAGGCUAGCUAGCCAAAAGGACAACAUAACGUAGUUCCUCAAUGCUACUCUGGGGUGCGUUUCUAGAAGAGUUAGCAACAGCGUUGUUUAACCACCGUGGUGCGACGCAACUUGCGAUCAAACAACGACAGUGUUACACCUGUUUCCAGAAAGCAUCGUACUUGUGUCGCAAUUCGCUACCUCCGGUGUUCGAACACCGUUGUUCCAACAACGUUGUUGAGGACGCAGCGGCACAUUUCAUUGGUGGAAAAAGUGUCAACGUAUAAUACCCCACCCACUAGAAGUUCUCUGUCACUGGAUGCCUAUCACUUGUCUUUUAUAGAUUCUCCUUUCCUUCUUCGAUCCUCGUCCUCACUGAAUGAUGGGGCGGCAACAAUGGGAUAGAGGACCGGGGAUCGAGGAGGGAUGUUGAGAGGCACCCACUAUGUGUCGACGUGUCUAAUUUAAACCCAAAGUGAUUCAUGCUGGCAUUAUCAUUGCUAUCAGGAAAAAACGUAAACCUAUGCAAGCACAUGGAACAGUUUGCUUAAGCUGUCCAAUAUAUGUACUUAUUUGUGUGGAAUAUCUAAAAAAUAUCUGUACAAAAUAUAUAUGGCCUAGACUAAUUACAAAUUAUCACAAUACUAAAUCGGUGUCUGGUGGUUCAGCUGUUGCAUGUCAGUACAUUGCGCGCGCGGCCCAAGUUCGCAUCUUACCUCUCCAUGUGACUUUUGAGUAAGAGCAGGCAUACCACACACACAACAUAGGUUAGACCCUAAAUAUAUUUAAUUGCUUUACAUCGAGUGGCCAGGAACACGACAUCAGUUUAAUAGUUCCACGACAUUACUUAUUAGGGUUAUUUCCACGUUUCACUAGUCAGAAACAAAAGCAUGUGUGAUGCAUACGGGAAAAGAACCUACGAUGUUGUGAUGAUAAGCCACCUGCCUUAACCACUAUACUAAUGAACGAUAUGCUUGACCCGAGGGUUUGUCAAUAUCAUAACAGUAGCCUACCAAAACGCAAACCAACACGCAAAUGAACGCAAGGUAACACACGUAGCAAGAAUGAGCCCAACGGUAUUUUAAUUUAUAUUAGCCUACAGUAUAGCGCAAUCAUUGAGUCACGAGAAAACAACAACUUAGUGAUUUUUGGUUGGGCGCUUGUGAUUUUUGGUCAGGCGAUCUUGCACUGACGACAUCACCAACUGGAACUCCCAAGGUACGACACAGGUGCGACUGCCCAGGGGCAGUAGUUCAAACGACCAAACUUUGCGUCCUUGUUUGCGAUUGAGAGUUUGAACUACCUUUUCUAGAAACACCAAAUUCAAGAAUGACGGAGCGAACUCCCAAGAUUGCGACGCAAGUUAGCAAACGACGCUUUCCAGAAACGCACCCUUGGGAAGUUUUGCAUUAAAGAUAAGUGGUUUUCUAAAAACAACAAUAACAACAACAAUAAUAAAUAAAACUCUUUACUUUUAAAAUAUUUACUUUUGGGAGCUUUUGACUUAGAAAAAAUAGAUUUCCAGUGUGAUUGUUCGAUUUAAAAAGAAACAUUUUUACCCUUUUAAUGAUUAUUGUUUAGAGCUUUUGACUGCAAUUGCAGUACAAAUGUUUGGUGUUUUCUUUCAUUGUUAUAAUAUUUGUUUAAGUAAUCUUACACUUGAACUAUUUAUGUUGGUUUUGGGGGACUUUUUGCCUUUGAUUGUGAUGGGACCGUAGAAAUUGUCAUGAGAUGAGUAGAAGGAAGGCAUGGGAGAUAGGAGUUGGGUGGAGAGAUGACCGCAGGUCAGAAUUGAACCUGGGUCUCCAUGGGCACUUUGCCCCGAAUGUGGUGUGAAUGCUGUGGCCUGAACCACAUCACCCCCUUCAUACUUGAACUCUAUGAGAAUAGACAGUUGAUCAGACACGGAAACCUGGCUUCAGAAAGUAAAAGUCCUACUGUACCAUGUUUUGAUUCGACCUGUGCAUCUAAAACUGGUGAUUGCACUAAUCAUCCGCUGAGGAGUUGAACGACUAAGAAUCAGUAUGGCUAUUGUUGCAUGGAACGUAACAGAACAAAUAUGUGGGAUAACGUUUACUUUCUGAACCAGGUUUCUCAUCUCUACUGAUGAUAACAUGUUUGCCUUGAUCUGAUUAUGUAGCUGCAUGGCACAAAAUAAAUGAAGAACUUAUUUUAAAUACAAGGGCAUUUUUUUUAUCUAUUUAUGUUCAUUUCUGGUCUUAAAGGGAUAAUAUGGAGUGAAAUGCACUUUAGAUCAAUUUUUUGGACUAUUGGGAGUACGUUGAGUUGACACUAAA